CAACUGGCCGAAUAGAAUCAUACCACCUGAACUCUCCUUCUCCAUUUUAGUUCCCCUGCAACUCUGCAAGCACGCAUUCUUUAAAGUCUGAACUUCACGUUGUCCUUUCUCACUCUAUCAACAACCAAGUCGAUCGAGUAGGGAGAGAGAGAGUGAAAAAGAAAAUGCAGUACAAUAACUUGGGACGAUCGGGGCUGAAGGUGAGCCAGCUCUCGUAUGGAGCCUGGGUGAGCUUCGGGAACCAACUCGAUGUGAAAGAGGCAAAGUCGCUCUUGCAGUGCUGCCGUGACAACGGUGUCAAUUUCUUUGACAACGCCGAGGUCUACGCCAAUGGCCGCGCUGAGGAGAUCAUGGGGCAAGCCAUCCGUGAGCUCGGGUGGAAGCGAUCAGAUGUCGUCAUCUCCACCAAGAUCUUCUGGGGCGGCUCAGGACCCAACGACAAAGGUCUUUCUAGAAAGCACAUCGUUGAGGGCACAAAGGCUUCCCUCAAGAGACUAGACAUGGACUACGUCGAUGUCAUCUACUGUCACAGGCCAGACUCAUCAACACCGAUUGAGGAGACUGUUAGGGCAAUGAAUCAUGUGAUUGAUAAGGGGUGGGCCUUCUACUGGGGGACUAGUGAAUGGUCAGCACAGCAGAUCACUGAAGCAUGGGGGAUUGCGGAGAGGUUGGAUUUGAUUGGGCCAGUUGUGGAGCAGCCAGAAUAUAAUUUAUUGUCUCGGCACAAGGUUGAAUCAGAGUAUCUCCCACUGUACAGCAACUAUGGCUUAGGCCUUACUACGUGGAGUCCACUUGCGUCUGGAGUGCUUACUGGAAAAUACAAUAAGGGAAACAUACCAGCUGAUAGCCGCUUUGCAUUGGAGAAUUACAAGAAUCUAGCAAGCCGAUCACUGGUUGACGAUGUGCUGAAAAAAGUUAAUGGCCUGAAACCAAUUGCUGAUGAACUGGGUGUGCCUUUAGCUCAACUUGCAAUAGCAUGGUGUGCUGCUAAUCCCAAUGUUUCUUCUGUCAUUACUGGUGCUACGAAGGAGUCUCAGAUCCAGGAGAACAUGAAGGCUGUAGAGGUCAUCCCAUUAUUGACUCCUGCUGUGAUGGAGAAAAUUGAGGCUGUUGUUCUAACCAAGCCAAAACGUCCAGAUUCAUUUGGGUAAGCACAAGAUAUCCAUCAGCUCGCUCAUAAUGCGUUGAGCACCAGACUCCUUUUUGAUUUCUGGAAAGUAUUCUUAUUCCUUGUGGCUGUUGCCGUUGCCUGUCGUUGUCUUUGAGAAUAAUAAACUGGGUUUUCCUAGCUUUACUGCUUUGGACUGGGGUGAACUCUGUCUUGGAAUUUGGCCGUGGGAAAUACUUUUAAAUGUUAUUAAUUAUUGGAACAAGCUGAAGGGUGUCGAUUAUUAUAAUAAAUUUAUGAGAAUUGGAAGUUCAAAGAAA